AUGAAGGGAAGAGAGAUGAAACGAGCGGCAAAAGAGACGCGCGUUAGAGCGGGAGACCCCGGGGGUGGCGGCAGUGGUAGUGGUGGAGGUGGUGGCGGUGGUGGUGGCUGGUGGUUGCCGGCAACGAGAACGGGGGAACGGAAUGGAGAAAGCACGGGGAAGCGGAGGCAACGACGUAUUUCUCGAGUGCCGCCAUCGUCGCCGCGCAGACGACAAGAUUCCCGACAUCGGAAGGGCUCCGACUACUCCGGGUUUUCAUCUUCUCGUACGAUGCGACGCGACGGUCGCGGAUGCUCGCACGCCAAAGACAAGGCUGAUUUUAUGAUGCUCGACGGAAACAAUCCUCGUUCGCGAGAAUGUUGA